AUGUCAGGAGCUUUCUCAUCAGUGGUAAAUUUUACAACUGAUCAAUUUCUGAAACGAGCUGGUAAGCUCUCCGUUUUAACGGACCUAGAGAACCAGAGUGAAUCUGGUCAGCUGGGCUGUCCAUUACAGUUUCCGAAGCAUCAUAAAAGACGCAGAAAAGUUGCUGCUUUAAAAAAAUCGGUCUCUAAUACAACUAUUGAUCUUCCUAGAAAUGAUACUAUAAAAAAGAUUAUUCAUCAAGCGUAUAAUGAUGCGUAUAAACUUCUUUCAGAGCUUGAUAUCAAUAUUGCUUUAGAAAAGAAAAAGAAAACAAAGAUAAAUGAAGUGAGUUCAUAUGUACGAACUCAAUUUGAAAAAAAAUUUAAAAAAGUGACUUAUGAUGAAGGUGAAAUCUAUUCUUCUAAUGAUGAAUCAGACGAGGAAGUUGCAACUAAUGUUAAUUCUUCAUCGAAGCCAGAGGAGGACUCGUCUGAAGAUGAAAAUGACUUACCUUGUAUUUCAUCAAGUGUUGGUAUUAGUGUUCCUGUAUUAUUAGAAGGUCGACUUAAAGUAUGUUACAGAUGCAAAGAAUCUGGUCAUGUCAAAUCCGAAUGUAACAAGUUAAAAUGUCAGAUUUGUUAUGAAAUUGGUCAUGAUGAUCCUGCUUGUAACAAACAGCGAACAUAUGCUAAUGUAGCAAGUACAUCAACAACACCUUUGAUAACACCAAGAAUUGAUGUUCAAGUUGCUAAAGAAACACCAGUUGUGAAUAAAACACAAUUAAAAACAUGCUAUCGAUGUAAACAACCUGGACAUGUACAAAAAGAUUGCAUUUUUAAUCAUAAUGGUAUUGUUCAUCAUUCAACACCAAUACCCGAUGAUGAAAAUAGCUCAACAAAUUCGACACCAACUUUCGUAGAUAAUCAUUUUGAUUUAGGUGGUCCACAAUUAAUAACAAUGAAUGAUUGUGAUGAACCGAAUUUACUUGCUAAAAGAACUAUAUCAUAUGAAAAACGACAACAACAAUUAAGUCAAUAA